GAGAAGGUGAAGAAAACUGCUGAAGAUGAAGGCACCAAUAGGAGCCUCCCAGCACAAAGAAGAAAGAGGCGAUAGAAAAAUAGUGUCACUCCACCAGCAGCAGCCAAAGAAGAAUCCAGUCAGGGUUGGGCAAAAGGAUUGAUUGAAAGCACACUAACGUCACAUCCUCGGCCGCCCUUUCAACAUCACUUAAUCUUUCAGGCGACUUCCUUCGGCAUUUUAUAUAUGUGUGGUGUCUGCUCGUAUGUUCAAAGGGAGAGAGAGACAGAGCGAGAGAGUGAGUGAGUUUUGAGCUCCUUCAUGUCAGCAAAAGAGAUCCCCUGCUUGUGGGGUUCUUCCCUCCUUGAUUUGGACGCCUUCUUGCCUAACAGCAAUUUUGAACCUUUUGAUGUGGUGUCGUCGCCGGAGAUGUCGAUUCAAGAAGGGUCCUGUUCUGUUGGUGCUGCUAGAGCAGAGCCUGCUGUAUAUGGGGACUCUGCUUCUCUUGGUAGUAACACUGAGAGUGACAGAGAAGCGUCGACGCAAAUAAGCCUCAGAAACCUGUCACUCGAUCAUAUUCUUUUCUCUUCUUGGCCUGGCAAUAAGGGGUGCCUGCUAACUAAUGAGUUGUAUGAUCAGCAAAACCAUUACUAUCUUCCUCACAGAUAUGAUGCCAGAGCCAUGAAGAAGGCCUCUAGUGCAGGGGAUCUGCAUAUUGAUUCAGGUUCAGAGAAUUCAAGUGCAGAGCAAGGACCAGCUCCUGUUGUACGUUACAGUGCAGAAGAACGCAGGGAGAGAAUCCGUAGGUACCAAAGCAAGCGUGCGAAGAGGAACUUCAAUAGAAAAGUUGAGUACGAAUGCCGGAAAGUGCUGGCUGAUGGUAGGCGCCGGAUCCGCGGCAGGUUUGCAAGAAGUGAGGGAGCUGAGAAGAAUCAAGCGGCAACAAAAGCCCAAAAGGAUGAAGAUGAGAUGUGGGUAGAGCUGCUUCAGGAAGACGAAGCCAAGUUCGCGAAACAAAUUGCAACUGGCGGUCCCGUCACUCCGAUGACGUUCAACCAUGUUCCUGUUAGUUCAAGUUAUGGCUGGGAAUCUGAAGCAUUUCUGCGUUGAUCAGGUCUGCUCUAAUAAUGGAUCCUGAGAGUGCACAGUCUGACCAUAUAUGGGUCCAAGAACUGAUCCCCACUUGGUAAAAUCUCGAGCUAAGCAGAAAAGUGCACAGCAAAAGGCAAAACUCAUCUGCAAUCUGAGAAAAUAUACGUAAUCCUAGAGACUCUCGAAAAAUGACGAGGGUGGAGCUGGGCCGCGAACGAUUCAUAGUGAUAGCUUAGCAUAGUGACGGUAGCUUCUGGUCUUGUCCAGAAAAGGUAGUUUUACUAUUGGUAAAAGAAGCUGGUAAAACUGUAGAUGCCAAUAGCUAGGAAACGCUUUUCUCUUUUCCCUUUUUGUAGUUGCAACAGGGUUGGAUUCAGAGCGGAGUCUUUGCCGUCUUUUGAUGCAUUAGAUUGGAUUGUGACACCAUCCAAUAUCAUGCUUACUCGUACCGAAUCCGACCCGUUUGUAGUCUGAGUCUUGUACAGAUACAUGUAUUGAAAUAGAGCAGCAGAUUUGAUC